AAAAGAAAGUGGCACCCCCUUUCCCAGGUAAAGUCCCAGGAUGGAAGCUCGUUGGAUCCAUUUGGAUCACAUGCUCACCCUGAACCAAUCACUGUGCUCCAGAGACUGAAGCACUCUGAUUGGCUAGUUUAGGGUGGGCAGGUACCAUGAGACUGGGAAGAGAUGUUGAUUACCACGAUAAUAUCCAUAGUUAACAUUUUUGGAAUGUUUGGCAUGUGCCAAGCUGGAUUUUACAGAUGAGAAGACUGAAGUUCAGAUAAGGUAAGUCACCUGUUCCGGGUCACACAGCAAGAAAGUGUGUCUGAUGCAAAACCCUGUUCCAGCCCCAGGAGGGCCCCUGCCCCCUCCCGCGGGGCCGGGCAGGGCGGCCGCCUCCCGCUUAUCUCAGCCCAGGCUGCCUGCUGGGCCCGCCCCCUCCGGGAGCUGCCACUUGGGGCGCCUGGCCGGGAAGGGCCUGGCCAGCUGUGUCCGGCGGAGGCAGCUGCUGACCCAGCUGCGGACUGUGCCAGGGCUGGAAGGAGGGGGGACGGGAGCCCUGGACCCCUCCUAGCGGGGGCGGCAUCAUGGAUCACCUCGGGGCGCCCCUUUGGCCUGGAGUCGGCUCCCUCUGUCUCCUGCUGGCUGGGGUCGCCUGGGCUCCCCCACUCAACUCGUCGGACCCCAAGUUUGAAAGCAAAGCGGCCCUGCUGGCGGCCCGCGGGCCCGAGGAGCUUCUCUGCUUCACGGAGCGGUUGGAGGACUUGGUGUGUUUCUGGGAGGAAGCGGCAAGCGCCGGGGUCGGCCCCGACAACUACAGCUUCUCCUACCAGCUCGAGGGUGAGCCGUGGAAGCCGUGCCGCCUGCACCAGGCGCCCACGGCCCGCGGCGCGGUGCGCUUCUGGUGCUCGCUGCCCACGGCCGACACGUCGAGCUUCGUGCCCCUGGAGCUGCGCGUCACGGCGGCCUCCUCGGGCGCUCCACGCUACCGCCGCGUCAUCCAGGUCAACGAAGUGGUGCUCCUGGACCCCCCCGCGGGGCUGCUGGCGCGGCGGGCCGAAGAGGGCGGCCACGUGGUACUGCGCUGGCUGCCGCCGCCUGGGGCCCCCAUGGCGAGCCUUAUCCGCUACGAGGUGAACAUCUCGGCAGGCAGCGCCGCAGGGGGCGCGCAGAGGGUGGAGAUCCUGGACGGCCGCACCGAGUGCGUGCUGAGCAACCUGCGGGGCCAAACGCGCUACACUUUCAUGGUGCGCGCGCGUAUGGCCGAGCCGAGCUUCGGGGGCUUCUGGAGCGCCUGGUCCGAGCCUGCGUCGCUGCUGACGGCUAGUGACUUCGACCCCCUCAUCCUGACGCUUUCCCUCAUCCUCGUGCUCAUCCUGCUGCUGCUGGCUGUGCUCGCCCUGCUCUCCCACCGCCGGGCUCUGAAGCAGAAGAUCUGGCCUGGCAUCCCAAGUCCCGAGAGCGAGUUUGAGGGCCUCUUCACCACCCACAAGGGUAACUUCCAGCUGUGGCUGUACCAGCAUGACGGCUGUCUGUGGUGGAGCCCCUGCACCCCCUUCCCGGAGGACCCCCCCGCCUCCCUGGAAGUCCUCUCUGAGCGCUGCUGGGGGGUGACACAGGCAGUGGAGCCAGGGGCAGACGACGAGGGGCCUCUGCUGGAGCCGGUGGGCAGUGAGCACGCCCGGGACACCUACUUGGUGCUGGACAAGUGGCUGCUGCCUCGGAGCCCGCCCCGCGAGCACCUCCCACAGCCUGGUGGCGGCUUGGACACAGCAGCCACGGAGGAAGGCUCGGAAGCAUCCUCCUGCUCGUCUGCUUUGGCUCUGAAGCCUGGCCCGGAGGGGGCCUCGGCUGCCAGCUUUGAGUACACCAUGCUGGACCCCAGCUCCCAGCUCCUGCGCCCGAGGGCACUGCCUCCUGAGCUGCCCCCGACCCCACCCCACCUCAAGUACCUGUACCUCGUGGUGUCUGACUCUGGCAUCUCAACUGACUACAGCUCAGGGGGCUCCCAGGGAGCCCAGAGGGAUUCCUCCAACGGCCCCUACUCCAACCCUUAUGAGAACAGCCUCGUCCCAGCCGCCGAGCCUUCAGCCCCAAGCUGCGUGGCCUGCUCCUAGGACGCUUGGGGACCCAGCAUGACCUCAAGUGCUAGGCCAGGCCCAAGACUUAUCGGGCAGGGUCGGCGAGGCCUCACUCAGGACUAGGGGCAUUGCUGACGUUGGCUUUCUGCCCCAUCCUUCCUGCUCAGGAAGUCACGACCUUGCAGUAUUUUAAAAUGUAUAGUUCUUUGUAUAGAUAUAUAUAUGUAAGUUUUUCUAUCAUGACUUCUGCAAAUGGCCUGUAAGCCCCAUCUGUCCCUGGGCCCAGGCCAUAGGGGCAGCAGUAAAAAGCCUUGAGCUCAGUCUGAAAUUCUGGCCCUGGCAAUCUGAAUGAUAAUCCUAAUAAAAUGAAUCAGUCAGUAUAAGUUAUACUAGCUGCCGUAACAAACAACUCCCAAAUCUGCAUGGCUUAACAUUAAAUGGUUUCUCUCUCACAUCUCAGUUCAGGCAGGUGGGCAGCCAUCCCUGGGAUGAGUCAGAAGCCCAGACUCUUCUGGUCUGUGGCUUCACCAUCCCUCAAGGCCACCCUCACAUCUUUGGAUGGAUCCUCUGUAUCCUUCCAGCCAACAAGCAAAGAGAGAGACAGCAGAAGAUUCUGUGGGCCGUUUUAGGAAUCUAGCCUAGAAGUGGGUACCAUCU